AUGGCGUCCAGCGUCUUCUUCGACCCCCUCACUCUCCUCCGUCUCGCCCCCCACUGGAUGCUGCGCAUCUUCGCCCUUCCCGAGCUCGAGCGCGACAGCAACCAAUAUCUACCUAAAUGGUUCCACGCCUUCUUCCGGGCCGGAUUACCGAGCGUCCUGGCUUUUCUCUCGGUCACCAUGGUGACAUCGACACUCAACCUCCGCGUACAAAGCCCCUUACUACUCAAGCAACGGGGUUCGUACUACUGGUACGCGGCCGGAGCCGCGCUUGCGGCGGGACAUCUUCUUUUUGUUCCGGCUGUGGCGCCGAAGAUUCAGGCUAUUGUUGAGGAUGAGAGUAAAGAGACAUCGGUGGGAGAGCUGAGGAGGUGGCUGAGGGUUAAUGCUAUCCGUGGGUUGACGACUGAUAUGGGGGCUUGGGUGUGUUGUGUUGUUGCCGUAGUGAGGACUUUCAGCGUGUGA